GAAUAACAUGUAGUUUGUGUCGAAAUCAAAAGCUUUUUUUUUGGCACAUUUAUGUAACAUUAUUGCGUGCUCUUAUAAGGAAGGAGGAAAAGUUACGGGGAUGAAAUGAUUAUGUUGAUCUCGGCAGCUUCAUAAUUUUGCCACACAAGAGCACGUUUCUUGUCGAGAAAAGAAAAGCCAAAUGUUUUUUUUGCCAGUGUAUGUGCUUUAUUCCAAGUAGCCCUGAGGACGUGCGUGAAGCCCAUCCCACUCCGUUCCCUAAAUUCACUGCGCCUGCUGUAGCACGGGAGGCGUUUGGCGCUGGAUUUGCCGGCUUCCUUGCAUUCAUCCAGCCCCCCCUUGUAACCUUCAGGUAUGCAUAUGCCUCCUCUGUAGGCAUCAGACACAAAGGAACUCUUGACUUUUUUUUUUCUAUUUUUAAGGUGACCGCCUUCAUCAGCGCGCCGCCCGCCACCGGUGUGUGGCUGAACAUCGCUCUCUGCUUUGGAUAUUUCACCGUCAGCGACCAGCACCAGGCUUAUCGAUAAGUUUCUAAUCAGAUUGAUGCUCGUUGCGUCAACGGAGCCGGAGCAAGAGCUGCCAAAUUGGCCGCGAGCGAGCUGAUCUCUUAAUGGACCGCUGAAUUGUUAAAUGACACAGCGAUGAAUGUUGUGAUCUCCCUCUCGUGAUACCAAGAUAGCAUUAUCUGGAGCCGCAGCAGCUGCCUGCCAGCCUGCCCGCCUUGCCUGCCGCUUUUAUGCAUAGCCUUUGCAGGGUCAAGAUGCAGUUUCGGACUGUGCUGGACGUGAAAGUCGUGGACGUGGAGAAGAGGCGCAAUCCGUCUAAGCACUACGUAUAUCUCAUCAAUGUCACCUACUCUGACAACACCUCGCACAUCAUCUACAGAAGAUACAGCAAAUUCUUUGACCUACAGAUGCAGAUACUUGACAAGUUCCCAAUUGAGGGAGGGCAGAAAGACCCAAAGAAGAGGAUCAUCCCAUUUCUCCCAGGCAAAAUCCUGUUCCGGAGGAGUCAUGUGCGAGACGUGGCCAUGAAGCGGCUGCGUUUCAUCGACGACUACUGCAGGGCGCUGGUGCGACUCCCCCCUCAGAUCUCUCAGAGUGAGGAGGUGCUGCGCUUCUUUGAGACUAAAGCCGAGGACGUCAACCCCCCAGUGGAGGACUAUGGCUCCAAGCGCAAGUCGGUAUGGAUGUACGGCUUUACAGACAGCCCGAGGAAAGAGGCCUCAGGGAUUGACAGCUCGGAGCCCAUGGUGCUGGAGCAGUACGUGGCCGUGGCCAACUACGAGAGGCAGGAGAACUCGGAGAUCAGCCUCAAGGCUGGCGAGACGGUGGACGUGAUUGAGAAGAGUGAAAGCGGUUGGUGGUUUGUCAGCACAGCAGAGGAGCAGGGCUGGGUGCCGGCCACAUACCUGGACUCCCAGAAUGUAACCCGAGACGAUUUGGAUCUGGGCACUUCCAGGACUGGGGAAGUUACUAAAAGACGCAAGGCGCAUCUGAAGAGGCUGGACCGCCGCUGGACCCUGGGGGGUAUAGUCAACCGCCAGCAGAGCAGAGAGGAGAAAUACGUGACGAUACAGCCGCACACCAGUCAAGGGAAGGAUGAAGUCAGCUUUGAGAAAGGGGUCACCGUGGAGGUCAUCCAGAAGAACUUGGAGGGCUGGUGGUACAUCAGAUACUUAGGAAAAGAGGGCUGGGCCCCUGCCUCCUACUUGAAAAAGGUGAAAGACGACUUCUCCCCCCGCAAGAAGACCCUGACAGGCCCUGUGGAGAUCAUCGGCAACAUCAUGGAGAUCAGCAACCUGUUGCAAAAGAAGUCUGUCAGCGAGAAGGACAUCCAGACAGACGGAGAGGGCAGCACCACGCCAGAGCGCCACAUCUCCAAGAGCGAGAUCAGCCUUCCCAUGCCCUAUAACUCUGAAAUCAACGCCGAGACGGGCAGGAGGCUGAGCGCGGGCCGUGACACCAACAGCCCAUGUCUGGGAAUAGCAGCAAGUGCCGCUCUAAAUGAAAAAGCGAGGGGCGAGCCAGGGUCCCCAGCUGUUGCGAGAGUGGCACCGCAUAGAGUGGAAAUUGGCUUUGAUGCUAUAGGGUCUCCAAAUCUGAGACAAAAACCUCCCCCACGAAGAGAACCCAACUUGGGAUUCCAGUUACCAAAGCCACCAGAGCCCCCUGCUGUGGAAGCAGAGUAUUACACAAUAGCAGAUUUCCAGUCCUCGAUCUCUGAUGGCAUCAGUUUCCGUGGAGGACAAAAGGCUGAUGUCAUAGAGAAGAACCCUGGAGGCUGGUGGUAUGUGCAGAUUGGUGAGAUGGAGGGCUGGGCCCCCUGCUCCUACAUCGACAAGCGCAAGAAGCCCAACCUUAGUCGUCGGACCAGCACCCUAACACGACCCAAAGUCCCACCUCCAGCUCCACCUGUCAAAAAACAAGAGUCUGAGGAGGCUCCCCCUCCUCCUAACUCUGCCUCUAAAGUCUCAGAGCCACCAAGCAGGCCCGUGUACGAGGAACCUGAAUAUGAUGUUCCUGCAAUCGGUUGCGAAGGGGAAUCAGAUACAGAUUCCCUGAAGGAUGAGCGCCCCCUGGAUGUGAAGAUCAGCAGCGUGGUAAGCGACAAAUACCGCAACUCCCCGCCUUCCUCAAAGGCCUCUCCUCCUACCUGUAAGGCCUCUCCUCCCGUCUGCAAGGCCUCUCCACCUUCCUGCAAGGCCUCUCCUCCCGUUUGCAAGGCGUCCCCUGUUUUCACCCAUCGGAGAGCUUCCUUCAGAUCUGGAGAGGAAGUUGCAAAAGAGGAGUGUGUCUAUGAGAAUGAUGGUUUCAGACCAACCAGUGGUGUUGAAGGAACUUCAGUCAAAGGUUCCAGUGAACCGAAUUCCCCGAGGAGCUACCAUUCCUCCACAGUCCCACGAAAACCGUCCGGAUCCUCACCCUUAGCUGGUAGACCCAUGAAGACCAUGACACCAGAGAUGAACCGCAGAAGCCAGACCCUGGGCAGACACAUAGAUAUUAGCCUCAGGUCGCAGGACAACAGCCCCCACUCUUCUUCAGAUGAAUUGAGCAGAGGCCCCAGGAAAUCCGCUGUCUUCAGCAGGGAUGUGGAACAGAGAAUAGGCCAGAGUCCCUCCACCAGGCCCAAGCCGUCGGUCAGACCUAAACCACUCCUGACCAAAUCAGAGCCCCAGAGUCCUGAGAGGAUGGACAUUAGUUCUCUGAGACGGCAGCUGAGGCCCACAAGUCAGUUUCGACAUGGCCUUAAACCUUCUCGUGGGGACGAUUCUGAAACAGCUUCUGUCAUCUCAUCAGAGGACUCUAUGUGCUCACGCAGUACCUCAGAUCUGUCCUCUGUUUACUCCAAAGGGAGCCGUGGCGACUCAGAUGUGGAAGGCCCCAAUCUUUACCGCUCCCUCGAUGCCUACAAGAAGGUGCAAGACUCUGAGAUCAGCUUUCCAGCCAAUGUAGAGGUUGAGGUUCUGGAGAAGCAGGAAAGCGGUUGGUGGUACAUCCGCUGGGGAUCAGAGGAGGGCUGGGCUCCUUCAUACUAUCUGGAACCUGUCAGACAAGUGGUUGAUGCUGGUGGGUUAGAACUAGAUGGUCACGGUAGUGGGGGCAGUAAGUCCAACAGCUUGGAGAAAAAUGAGCAGCAUGUUUUGGCCCUCAAUAACAUCAACAUCCAGGGACUGAGCCAACAGCAUCAAAGCAUGAGAAGGAACUCUCCGCCAAUUCCUUCUAAGCCUCCUGGUGGCUUCUCAAAGCCGUCCGGGAUGGUUAACGGAGGUGUUCGGAUGAGGAACGGGGUACGCCAGGUGGCAGUGAGGCCUCAGUCUGUUUUUGUGACCACAACACAGCCAGCCAAGGAUGGGCACUACAUGACAGGGUCUCUGAGGCGAAAUGACUCUCUUGGUAGAAGCGAUCACUAUGGCUCUGGUUCUGCCACUCUUGGUGUCCGCCGAAAUGCCUCCUUCAGUACCGUGCGACCACAUGUAGUGGUUGAAAGUCAGACGAGGCCUGCCGAGCGCUCCAGCCUGGGGUCUUCGGGGAGCGCAUUCAGCACAAGUAAUGUCCAGGACGCCCUUAGCAGAGUUAACCAACGCAACGGCAUCCCUGUGUCCACAGUUCGACCCAAACCCAUCGAGAAGAGCCAACUGAUCCACAACAACCUUGGCAGGGAUGUGUACGUGUCCAUUGCUGACUAUCGUGGCGAUGAGGAAACAAUGGGUUUCACUGAGGGCACCUGUCUGGAGGUGUUGGAAAGAAACCCCAAUGGAUGGUGGUACUGCCAGGUGCAGGACAGCCUGCUUCCCCGCAAGGGCUGGGUCCCCUCCAACUACCUAGAGCGAAAAAAAUGAACCCACAUCCUUCCCAUGCUCUUCCCCCCAACUCCCCCUUUUGAUGUCUCCAAGGACGUGGGUGGUAUCACUCCUUAAGAAUGUUACCUGCAAUCUCCCGUAAGCAAUAUGUCCUUGAAAAUGUACAUUUAUGACUGCGUGUAAAAAGAGAGAUGUUUUAAUCUGAUGAGGAAGGACACUUUUAGUGCUGGUUUACUAAAAUAUAUACAAAGAGGAGUGUAAAGAUUUUAAAUAUUUUGGCUGGGAAUGAAAGGCAGAAAUGUGGGAUCGGUUACUCUUAAGUAAGGAAAUUUAGAAGAGUGUCUUUGAGAUCUAAAAUGGUAUGAAUGGGAGUGAUAACCUCUUAAAGAGGUUUGCAUCAUGUCAUACAGAAGUUGAGCAGGGUAAUGGUUAUGCUUAUUCCUGCCCAUCACUGACUCUGAUGGCCGAUAAGUGCCUUUUGUAUUUGAUCACCUGAAUGGAGGUCCUAAAUGGUGGAUGGCAAAACAUUAAAUCAACCAAAUCUUUUAAGAGUGCCAUAGGCCUAUGAACACCACCAAGAGUAUUUCCAUAAUUAAUUGAGAAGUCCACUAUAAAGCGCAAAGUGCAAAGUUUCAGUCUAAAGCGCUCUAACUGGUCCAACAUAGAUUAUAGAAAGAAAAACAGAAUUAAGGGACUCAAGUCAACAGAGAAUUUAUUUGUUUUAAGACACAAGCAAACUAAAACAACAGUUAAAUCUUGUUAUCGGUAUUUUAUUUAGUUUCAUUGUUCAUGUUAUGAUGUCUUGUGUAUUGAUGCAAGUCUUCCUUAGAGAAUUGUUUCUGCUUUCUUGCGACAUCUGUUUUCCACCGACAGCCAAAAAUUGGAAAAGCUCCUGCCUCCUGUCAUGUACCACCUGACACUGGCAGAAUAUACAGGAUGUGCUCAGGUUUGAGAAAUUGGCAUAGUUUUUUUGUAGAUUGUCAAGCCCCAGAAAAACAUGUUAAUAUCAAUGUUUUUAAUCCCAGAUGUAACUACUGGGAAUAGCAAAUGUAUUUUUUAAAGAAACUGUGAAACUUGAAAAUAACAAUUUAGUUUUCUGGAAAAUUAAAGGAAUAACUUGUAACUUGAGUGCUCUCUAGAACAAAACCACCUCAUAUGUGUAGCUUAUAACCUCAAAAAGAUUAAAAAAAAAAAAACAAUUAGUUUACAGUGGUUUAGGUUAUACUGUAGUGCUUUUAGUUCCAGGAACAAUUGAUUUUGUAUAUAUUUUGUUUUGUAUACAUAUAUUAAUACCGCUGUUGCGGAGAUAUAUUGAAUAAGUACUGGAAAUGCGGUGAAAUAAUUGAAUCCCAGGGACAUAUUUAUCCCAAAAUGUGAUCAAACCAAAGAAAAAAUGUAAUUUCAUUGGCUAUGUUUUGUGAUUUUACUAUUUAUUUGUGGUACAAGUAAUACAAUGUAUUUGACAAAAUGCCUAAAAUGAGUUUUCUGAACUGAACAGAAACCAGUACCUGGAAGCACUUGAUACAUUUUCUCAAAAUUAUAGCUCUCUAAAAUUAAAUUAAAGUAAAUUGUAAUAUUAGAUAUUGCUGUGCAGUAUGGUUUUGCCAUGAAAUAAAUAGUUUCAAAGUUAAGGUAUUUUUUCACAUCUUUCAAACAUAUAUAUAUUUGGUCUUCAAAUAAAUGAUAUAAAUUUAGAAAUAAUUCUCCCCAAAUGCAGAGGUGAAAUUUGAGAAUUUUACAUUCUGAGCUUCAAUCCAACUUCAAAUUUUCAUGGCUGAUGUUCAAGACUGCUGAAAUACAUUUUCUAACGAGUGGUGUGGGCUCUCAAUGUGAGGCUGAACACUUAACGUUUUAUUAUGUUUCUGCUGGACAGUAUUAAACAAAGUACAGUACCUGCUAGAUUGCAGUUAUCUAUUUUAGCAAAAUCAUAUUUGUUUUUAUUUGUUAUUAUUUGUUACUCUGUGAUCACACAGUGGCAAUAAUGAGGAAUGAAGUGGUUCUGUUUUGUGAAUUAGUGCACUUUAAACUUGUUUUUUGGUGCAUUAAUGUAAAGAUGCAGUAAAUUCUCAGCAUAUUAUUUAUUGUUUUUGUAAUUAUUUAAUUUCUCUUACUUAACUUUUUUCCCCUCACCUCAAAAUUAGAGGUAGAACUCUAUAAUGAGUUCUCCACAUGACAGUGACCAUGACAAAGUCUGAGUAGAAUUAGAGACAGAGAGACCUCUGGUGGGAGGUCAAAGGUACUACAAAAAUGCUUGUUUUUUUUGUUUUUUUUAAUCUCACCCACAAGGCUUACCAGCCAUCCUACCUCAGUGCAAUAAGAAAUGCACUGCUGGUCAGUGAGUCUCACCAAAAACUGUACAGAAUUCUUUUUUUAUUUUUUUUUUUCUCAGUGCAGCUAAAAUUAUUUUUGUAGCACAUGUUUUAUAUUGGGUAAUAAUUUAUUUCUUUGUUUUUGACAAUAAAAAAAAAAAUACUUUUUUUCUCUAUGCUGUGUGCUGCAACUUUAACAAAUCAUGGGCACUUCCUUCAUCUUUAUUGUGCUUUACAUAAUGCCUGAUUUUAUAUAUAUAUUUAUGAUUAGUUUUAUAUCUUAUCACGGUUUGACAAUCACCUUAUUACCCCACACAAAAUAUUAUUGCACAGCAUUAUACAGAUUGUUACCCAAAUUGGACUUAAAUUACCUUAAUAGGCAUAAUUCCAAUAGAAAAAAAUUUUUACAUGUCAUCAUUUGGACAAGUAUUUGCAUUCAUUUCAAUAUAGAAAAAUAAAAAUUCUAAGUCUUUUAUGUCCAGUAACAAGGCCCCUUCCCAUCCAGACGAAGGCAUUAUGUAAAUGUGUUAAAUCACUUUGUACAUUUCGCUCCAGCACAUAUUAUUAUUGCAUAUUGCUUCUUUUGAUUGAGCUGAAUUUAUUUGGCUAAAAUAGCAAGGGAAUCGUUCUGUGUCAAGCAUACAUUUAGCUUUGUAGCAUCUAUCUUUAUUCAUGCUUUUGUUUUUCUUAUUUCCCUUUUUUGCCCUAUUUGUCAGAUUCUGAAAUGUACCCACGAGGAAAUGUGCAAUAGAUAAGAACACAUCAUGCUUCAACAAGAGGAAAGAUGUCACAGGUUCAGAAAAACCUGAAUGACACCAUUUCAUCUGUUGGGAGUAGAUUUUUCCCAGUCAAACUGCCAGUCAUUAGCUUUUACCGUCAUUUCAAGUGUAUCAUUUUAAAUUGAUCGUAAAGAGCAAAUGUAAAUGGCCCUAAAAUCAUUGGAAAACUCAUUGGACCAAAGCAGUCAUGUGUGACAUCUCAUUAUCUCCUGACGUGAUGGACUUUUGUAAUAACUAGCAUGAGAAUCUCUGCUCCUCAUGACCCGGAUCAGCAGGGGACAGCGAUUUGUGAAUGGCAUGGCAGAAACCCGCUGACCCGUUCUGUACUGACAUUACAGCCUUCUGGGGUCUUCUUCACAGAUGGAGAGUCAUGGGCCCAUCAUCAGGGGCCUCAGUGGCCCUGCUCUGAGCUGUCACGUUUGUGCCUGAAUGGAAUUU